UGUUUAUCAUAAUUCUGUGGUAUAAUACUGAUAAAUGUCAUUGCAUGGCGUCCUAUCGGUUAUAACUGUAUAUAAAGUAAUAAAAUGGACUCUUUAGACUUGUUAGCGCGUGAGGACGAGUUCAAGAAACUCAACAAACAACUCGAGAAAAAAACCGAGAGUUUGAUGAAAGAGAUCGAGCAUGCUAUGCAAAAAAAGGAUAUAUUCUCGGAAUUCUCUCAAACCCUCACUCUAUCUCCAAUACAUACAACAAAAAAACAUAACUGUGAUGCUCACAAGCAGAAUGCAACAACGCCUUCGCCUACUCAUACCAAACCAAAACAAAAAAACAAAGCUAAAAUACAAAAUGGUGGCAAUCAACAAAAUAACCAAGCAGAGGAGUCCAAUUUUAAAAAUGGGACACAAAAUAGUGGUUGUGAUGAGAAUGAUGAUGAAUGUAAUUUAAAGAUGAGAAAUGUUUGUAAUUGUUGUAUUAAUGUUAAUAUGAGAGAUAGAAGUGAUGGCUCGGAGUUUUUGUAUGCCUUUGUAACUGUUAAUGUUAAGGAGAAAGUUUUGCCGGAGUCGUUUUUAAAAGAAAAGCCAACUAUAGAAAGUGUAUGCAAGUUCCUCUCAUCAAAAGUUAAGCUGAUGCAGGAACAGAUUGACAAUCUACAGAGAACUAUAGAUAAAAAGGCAUCCCAAUGUGACGGUCACUUGACUCAGCUGGCUGAGUUAGAGAGCGAGAGGCUGAGUCUACUUAACAAGGCUAACAACUUGAGGGCGGCCACAGCUGAUAUGAAAGCCAAGUCUAUGGUGCUACAGGCAAAAUAUAAUGAAAAGGAGAAGCAAUAUAAAGAACAGCGUGGCGAGACAGACAGACUGACUUGCGAACUGAAGCGGUACAGGAUCAAGUGUGCGAGUGUCGAAGCGAAGGCCGCCUCCCAACAGGAGACCAUUGAUAAUCUUAAACAGCUGAUCGAAAUCGCGAAACGAUCUGAAAAGGAAUUUCGCGAAUCAUCUCGCAGUCUUUCAUCCUCGCACCAGCACGCCAUCUCUCGGCUAGAGGCGCACAUUAAAAUGUUAAACACUCGCAGCGACCGACAGAUGGCGUUGAUCGAUAACUUGAGAAGACAAAACGUUCUGUUGACAACAGAUGUCGCUGUUAAAGCAAUAGAGAAAGAGUACAGUGAUUAUUUAAACCAGGAUUUUUAAUUAAAGGAAAUUAAGUUA